UAGAAAGCUACAGAUGUUUUAUCAUGUCGGACAAUUUUAAAUUGAACUCUUUAGAAAAAUCUGUAUUUCUCAAAGUUGUUGACACGCUUGACGAUCUAGAGGCCAAAAGGCCCAAUUGUUCUACAGGGGAAAAUGUUUACUUGCACAUGCUGGAUAAAUAUGAGCCUGAGUUUGACAACCUCCCGAUGGGAGAUGUUGAAAAGGCCGUCCAAAAAGCACUGGGGAUCAAGGUGCUACAGAGAGAACUCUUUAAGAACAACUGGGGCUUAUAUAAAAGAAAGAACUAGAUCUAGAUCUAGUGUCUGCCCAGUGAGUACUGCGCUUGAACCAGCUAAGCAGAGUGACCUACACCUUGGCAAGUACAGGGUCAGCUCUAUGUUGAGCGAAGGUGAUGUCCCCAAGGAUGUCGGCGUUUCUGACUGGUGUCCUACAGGAGACUUGGCUCAAGUUCAACGUACCGUCUGCUCUGCUACUGGUGAGGCCUGGGCUACACGCUUGCUUUUGUCAUGCAGCCUUGUGAGCAGUUUGACACUCACCAAGACUUGGCUGCAGACUAUAAAAGGAAAUCGUUGGGGACCCGGGGUCCAGGUUGGAGUCUUGUGUUGAACUCUUGAAAGGACGCUAACUCUGCAAGGCUUACGAAUACAUGUACUAACUAUUUAAUAGCAGACUCUGGGGAAGUUCAAAUGGAUGAAUUAAUACAUUUAUAUUAAUUUU